AUGGGAGCAAUUCUUUCAUUAACUAAGAGCAACAAAAUGGGAAGUUCAAAGCAGCCCGACUGGUUUCUCUCGCAAGGAUACAAAGUCAACAGUAUCAGCAAGGCGAAUGUCUUGGAGCCAGGUCCGAGAAAGGACUCGCUGGUGGACAGGUCCAGGAGUCCCCUGAAGGAGCUGAAUCUUAAGGGGAGCGCGAGGAGGCUGAGCGACGCUAGUCUUGUGCUCCCACGUGCCAACAGCGCGUCCAAUGUCCCUUCUCAGUCCAUGGCGUACAUCGACGAGCUGACCGGCGCAUUGCCCGGGCGAUUGCGAAAGCAGAGCAGCUUUCGAGAAAAGAGGCAGAGCUUUUCUACCCCUUCCAAAGACCCGAUCAAGGAGAGUUGGAAGGGGAAAUGGAAGACAACAUCAAGCUUGAAGGCAGCAUGA